UUCAAGAACAUGUGCAAGCUGAAGCCGCUGCUCAACAAGUGGCUGGAGGAGACGGACUCCAGCACGGGCAGCCCCACCAACCUGGACAAGAUCGCGGCGCAGGGCCGGAAGCGCAAGAAGCGCACCUCCAUCGAGGUGGGCGUCAAGGGCGCCCUGGAGAGCCACUUCCUCAAGUGCCCCAAGCCCUCGGCGCACGAGAUCACCUCCCUGGCGGACUCCCUGCAGCUGGAGAAGGAGGUGGUGCGGGUCUGGUUCUGCAACCGGCGGCAGAAGGAGAAACGCAUGACGCCGGCCGGGGUCCCGCACCCCCCCAUGGAGGACGUUUACGCACAGGCGGACACGUCGCCGCUGCACCACGCGCUGCCCGGCGCCGUGCAGUGA